CACACAUUUUGUACUUUGAAGUAAACAAAAAUAACUUUCAAACCGAAUUUAUGACUUUUCAAAUUGGUUACUUUGAGAGUUGAACCCUACAUACACAACCCUUGAAUUUUUACAUUCGACGAGUUUUGAUUCGAGCCAACAAUAUCCAACCGACUCCUUGAAAUAAAUCGGUUUAUCUGGCAACGCUCCUGCGCUUUUCAUGAUCAUGACAGCCUACCCUGUCUAUAAUAUAUUAUAUUUUCUAUAGUCAUAAAUGAAAAUACAAGGUAUGAAUUUUUGUGUUUGAAAUUUGGUUUUGUUGAAUGGAACUGCUUGAAACUGUUACUAAAAAUAAGUAAUCAUACCUUCCAAAGCUAAUCACGGUGUCGUAAAAUGUCCAGAUCUAAAUCAAGACAACAGCAAGUUAGUAAGAAUGAACAACGCAGUGAAUAUCGAAACUUUCGAGUAGUUUUCUUUUAUUGUAUUUUGAUUAUCGUUUUACCUGUAGUCACAUUCUUUGGUUCCAAGUAUUUUUUGUUCGACGGUUUUCUUCAACUUACGCCGGUCAGCAGCAACAUCUAUUCUGCGGUUUCAGCUGUAAUUGUUCUGCACAUAGCGCUUGGAUUGUACAUCUAUCGGGCAUAUUUUGACAGCGGUUCCGGUUCUUCCUCCGGAAACUACCAGAGAUUGUCUCAAAAGCAGGAUUAA